AUGGCGUUCAUGCGCCAAUUGGCCCUUGCCGUCGGCGUGGCCAUUGCCGGUCUCGGCCACAGUGCAGCUGCACAGACCGGCGACGAAUCGGCGCUCUUCAGCGAGACGGCGCGGCUCAACAACGACAGCCUGCUCUGGGGCCCCUACCGGCCCAACCUCUACUUUGGCGUGCGGCCACGGAUCCCCAAGAGCCUGGUGUCCGGCCUCAUGUGGGGGCGCGCCGACACAUACACCGACCUGCAGAACCACGUGCGCUACACCUGCGAGCAGAACGAGGGCAUGGAGGGCUACGGCUGGGACGAGUACGACACGCGGCGCGGCGGCGCGCAGACGAUCCACGACACAUUCAACAACAUUGACAUUACCACGUCGUUUGUCAAGGUGCCGGGCGGGGCCCACGGCGGCAGCUGGGGCGCGCGCAUCAAGGGCGUGCCGCGGCCCAAGGCGCCGACCGACGACCACCCGGACGCGAGCGUCAAGACCAUGGUGGUGUUCUACCUGGCCCAGGAGGAGGACGGCUCGGCGAUCCGCGUGGCAGACGUGUCCGGCCGCGACUGGGACGAGUUGGGCUUCGCGGGCGACGUGACGUUCGAGGGCGCGUCGAGCGGGCUCGGCGACUACAAGGUGGUCGUGACCAAGGGCACGGGCGCGCACCCGCAGAGCGACCACGCGUACGCGGCGGAGCGCGACCUCGAGAAGACGGUCGUGCAGUCGCUGACGGCGCCCGAGGAGCACCUGUGGCAGACGAAGCCGCUGCUGUUCCAGCGGAUCAAGGAGGCGGUCGACCACGUCAUUGCCGCGUACGACCCCAACGCGGCGCCGCCGCCGUGGCACGUGUACCAGCUGGGCAACCAGCCCGGCCCGGGCAACCUGCAGUUCGUGCAGCGCAUGUACGAGGGCGCGUUCGAGUUUGACAUUCUCUUCUCGAGCGCGUCGGCCGGCAAGGACCUGACGAGCGACGACGUGACGCGCGAGAUCCGCGCGGCCAGCGAGUCGUUUGGCGCGAAAUUCAACAAGGUGUUUUCGCUGCAGGCGCCGUUCGCGGCCGACACGUACCGCGCCUUUGCGCACAGCAUGUUCUCGAACCUGAUUGGCGGCAUCGGCUACUUUUACGGCUACGGCAUUGCCGACCGGUCGUACGCGGCGGCCUACGAGGAGGAGGACGAGGGGUUCUGGGAGGACGCCGCGCAGGCGCGCGCCGCGCACCGCGAGACCAUGGAUGGGCCGUACGAGCUGUUCACCAGCAUCCCGUCGCGGCCCUUCUUCCCGCGCGGCUUCCUGUGGGACGAGGGCUUCCAUCUGCUGCCGAUUGCCGACUGGGACAUGGACCUGACGCUCGACAUUGUCAAGAGCUGGUUCAACCUGAUGGACGACGACGGCUGGAUCGCGCGCGAGCAGAUCCUGGGGUCCGAGGCGCGCAGCAAGGUGCCCGCCGAGUUCCAGAUCCAGUACCCGCACUACGCCAACCCACCGACGCUCUUUUUCGUCGUGGACCGCUUUGUCCAAAAGCUGCGGCAGGCGGCGAACGGCACGGCCGGCCACGACGCGGCCGCCGGCAGCAGCAGCAACCUCGUCGACAACACGGAGCUCGGCCUCGAGUACCUGCGCGCGCUGUACCCGCGGCUGCGGCGGCAGUACGACUGGUUCCGGCGCACGCAGUUUGGCGACAUCAAGUCGUACGAGCGCAGCGCCUUCUCAAAGCGCGAGGCCUACCGCUGGCGGGGCCGCACCGAGGCGCACGUCCUGACGAGCGGCCUUGACGACUACCCGCGCCCGCAGCCGCCGCACCCGGGCGAGCUGCACGUCGACCUGAUGGCGUGGAUGGGCAUGAUGACGCGGUCGCUCCUCAACAUUGCCGAGGUGCUGGGCACGGACGCGUCGACCGAGGAGGCCCAGCAGCUGCGCGCGAUCCAGGAGGCCAUUGCGCGCAACCUCGACGACCUGCACUGGUCCGAGGACGAGGGCUGCUACUGCGACGCCACCGUCGACGACUACGAGGAGAACAAGCUCGUGUGCCACCGCGGCUACAUCUCGCUGUUCCCGCUGCUCGUGGGCCUGCUGGAGCCGACCAACCCCAAGGUGGGCCGCCUGCUCGACCUGCUGGGCGACGAGGACGAGCUGUUCAGCCCGCACGGCCUGCGGAGCCUGAGCAAGAAGAGCCCGCUGUACGGCACGGCCGAGAACUACUGGCGCAGCCCCGUGUGGAUCAACAUCAACUACCUGGCGCUGGUGCAGCUGCAGGCCCUGGGGCAGCAGGCGGGUCCCUUCCGGGCGCGGGCGGCGGACCUGUACAACCGGCUGCGGCGCAACAUUGUGGACACGGUGUACGCCAGCUGGAAGGAGACGGGCUUUGCGUGGGAGCAGUACAACCCGGAGACGGGCAAGGGCCAGCGCACGCAGCACUUUACGGGCUGGACGAGCCUGGUGGUCAAGAUCAUGGCGAUGCCCGAGGUGGACGUCACGACGGGCCACGUCCGGGACGAGUUAUAG